AUGGCAGCUCCCAUCUUCCCCCAGGCUCCCAGCGCCUUCGUGUUCACAAAGCCAAGCCGGCCCUCCUUCAGUGUCGCGGAGCUGGGGCAGAGGGGCCCGCACCAACCGGCUUGGAGGGUGGAUGAGACACGACUUCUCAGACUCCAGGCGCCUCUCUCCUUUUGCCCCUUCCUGCGGGUACCUCCUGCGGGUACCUUCCUGCGGUCCCCGGGUCCUUCAACCGCCCAGUCGCCCGACAAGCCCUACAUCAGCCCUGCGGGCGGCUGGUGGCUGCGCUGCGAGCGCUGCGCGGCGCGAGGAGAUGCAACUGGGCUCCGCGCCGCCGGCAUCAUGCGCCCCCCGCCCGCGCUGGCCCUGGCCGCGCUCUGCCUGCUGGCGCUGCCCGCCGCCGCCGCCGCCGCCUACUUCGGUCCUGUCCGAGACCUCAUCCUGCCCACUAAGCCGGAUCUCGGAUCCCGGUUCAAGCUCUGGGACUCUGCAGGCGUCUCGGACCUGGUGCCUGUGCGCCCCAGCGCGCCCUGUCCCUGCCGGUCCAAGGAGUCCCUCCCGCGCUCGGACGUCCUCUCCGAUCCUCACUUCCCCCAAGAAGGCCCCCUUCCCCUCACAUGUCCCCCAUCCUUAGGGAUUGUCAUCUUUCACCUUCAAUCACAACCCCCCAGGGUCACUGGUCUCCCUUCUCUUGCUCCCUUUAGACUGACCGGGCGGGAGGUCCUGACGCCCUUCCCCGGGCUGGGCACUGCUGCCCCAGCACAGGGUGGGGCCCACCUGAAGCAGUGCGACCUCCUAAAGUUGUCCCGCCGGCAGAAGCAGCUCUGUCGGCGGGAGCCAGGCUUGGCUGAGACCCUGCAGGACGCCGCGCACCUCAGCCUGCUCGAGUGCCAGUUUCAGUUCCGGCAUGAGCGCUGGAACUGCAGCCUGGAGGGGAGGACGGGGCUGCUCAAGAGAGGUUUCAAGGAGACGGCCUUCCUGUAUGCGGUGUCCGCGGCCGCCCUCACGCACACUCUGGCCCGGGCCUGCAGCGCUGGCCGCAUGGAGCGGUGCACCUGUGAUGACUCCCCGGGCCUCGAGAGCCGGCAAGCCUGGCAGUGGGGUGUGUGUGGUGACAACCUCAAGUAUAGCACCAAGUUCCUGAACAACUUCCUGGGGCCCAAGAGAGGAAGCAAAGAUCUGCGGGCGCGGACAGACGCCCACAACACCCACGUGGGCAUCAAGGCCGUGAAGAGUGGCCUCCGGACCACGUGUAAGUGCCAUGGCGUGUCUGGCUCCUGCGCCGUGCGCACCUGCUGGAAGCAGCUGUCCCCGUUCCGCGAGACAGGCCAGGUGCUGAAGCUGCGCUACGACUCAGCCGUCAAGGUGUCCAGUGCCACCAAUGAGGCCUUGGGCCGCCUGGAGCUGUGGGCACCGGCCAGACCAGGCAGCCCCACCCAGGGCCCCGCGCCGCGGCCCGGGGACCUGGUCUACAUGGAGGACUCCCCCAGUUUCUGCCGGCCCAGCAAGUACUCGCCUGGCACAGGGGGCAGGGUGUGUUCCCGCGAGGCCAGCUGCAGCAGCCUGUGCUGCGGGCGGGGCUACGACACCCAGAGCCGCCUGGCGGCCUUCUCCUGCCACUGCCAGGUGCAGUGGUGCUGCUACGUGGAGUGCCAGCAGUGUGUGCGGGAGGAGCUUGUAUACACCUGUAAGCACUAGGCCCGCUGCCCAGUGUGCCAGCCGGGCGCUGCCAGGACCUCCCAUGGCACCGGGCCACCUCCAGGCCGCCCAGCUGUCCAGCCGCUCCCCCUCCCGCCGCGCUCCCGCCGACCCAGGCCGAAGCGCGUGUCAUGCGCAUGAUCACCCACGUGCGUGCCAGCGCACUCAUGCGCCUCUCUCCAUUGGCUCCCAUCAGUCUUCCCCUCUCUCAGCUCUCAGCAAGGAGAGCCCCACCCGUGAACCUGAGGGUCCCCAGCCUGGUUGAGGACUUGGAGCAGGAAGGCAGAGCGGAAAGGAUGUAGAGGGAACUAAGGGAGACCCAGAGGAGGGCAGGACUGAGGUUUUAGAGAGGAGAGAGAGUACAUCUCGCCAUCACGAAUCCUGGGAUUAGUGGCCUAAAGCCAGCCGGAGGUUGGGAGGUGAUCUUCUCAGCCAAGAAGGCCCAGGGAGGCAAGGUCAGCUGGAAGCUAAGGCUGGAGUCUGGCUGGGAUGGGUCAGGUCAGCCCUCAGGCCCCAGCCAGGUGAUAGUCAACCCCGGGAGCUCAUAUACCUUCAUUUCCCUACCCUGGAGCUUUGCUGUGCUAGAGAUGGGAGGAAAGGCCAGGUGGUAGGAGCUGCUGGUCUGGAGAAAGGAAAGCAGGAGUCAGAUAUGUGCCCUGGAUCCUUGUGAUUUGGUUUUUAAAGUAUGCCUCCACCAUCCCUCAUUCUCACCUUGAGAGCUGAGUAAUCCACACCCAACCAGCCCUGCUCAGUAAAAACACCAGUGGACGUGAGCCCAGUAGAAGAGCCAGUCCCCAGGGUGAGGCUCAGACAGUACACCGAGGUUGCCCAGGGAGACAGAGACCCCCUCAGUUUCUCAGCCCCCCCUUCCCCAUGAGCCCACUUGGGUCAACUCCCUGUAGCUGGGGUCGCCCUGUGUGGUGAGGCCCUGCACAGCUGGCAUUUAUGAUAUACGAGAGUUGGUUAUGA